ACGCCUGGAACCCACGUCAAGGUUCCGCCAGUCCCGGGUGGUGACCGAGUCCCACCCACUCCCCGCGGCUGCCGUUCUGGUCCGUACAACCUUUCACCCUGCUGCGGUAUGAGCAAAGCGACGGCCUGCGCGGGACCCCAUGGAGGAGCAGGCGCGGCCGCCUGGCCGCCCGACCGCGAGUGCAGCCUUGUCGGGUAGCGCGCAUCCGGGAGGGGCGACUUCCACGGCCACCGCGGCCGCGCUGUCGUUCAGCUCCGUAGCCACCGUAACGCUGGGAAACCAGAGCGAUGCGGGCAGGCCUGAGGCGGGGGGGUCUCGGGGACCUACACCGCUGCUAUGGCACGGGGCAGCGGUGGCCGCUCAGGCGCUCGUGCUCCUGCUCAUCUUCUUGCUGUCUAGCCUGGGCAACUGCGCGGUGAUGGGGGUGAUCGUGAAGCAUCGGCAGCUGCGCACGGUCACCAAUUCCUUCAUCCUGUCGCUGUCCCUGUCGGACCUGCUCACCGCGCUGCUCUGCCUACCCGCCGCCUUCCUCGAUCUAUUCGCGCCACCCGGGGACUCCGGGCCCUGGCGCAGCUUCUGCGCGGCCAGCCGCUUCUUCAGUUCGUGUUUCGGCAUCGUGUCCACGUUCAGCGUGGCGCUCAUCUCGCUGGACCGCUACUGCGCCAUCGUGCGGCCGCCACGGGACAAGCUGGGCCGGAGGCGUGCGCUGCAGCUGCUGGCCGGCGCGUGGCUGGCUGCCCUCGGCUUCUCCCUGCCCUGGGAGCUGCUCAGGGCACCCCGGGAGCCCCCGGCUCCGCAGAGCUUCCACCGCUGCCUUUACAGAACCUCCCCAGACCCUGCGCAGCUGGGCGCCGCCUACAGCGUGGGACUGGUGGUGGCUUGCUACCUGCUGCCCUUCCUGCUGAUGUGUUUCUGUCGCUACCACAUCUGCAAGACAGUGCGCCUGUCGGACGUGCGCGUGCGGCCGAUGACCACCUACGCGCGCGUGCUGCGCUUCUUCAGCGAGGUGCGCACAGCCACCACCGUGCUCAUCAUGAUUAUCUUCGUCAUCUGCUGCUGGGGCCCCUACUGCUUCCUGGUGCUGCUGGCUGCGACCCGGCAGGGUCAGGCCACGCAGGCUCCCUCACUGCUCAAUGUGGCGGCUGUUUGGCUGACCUGGGCCAAUGGGGCUAUCAACCCGGUCAUAUACGCCAUCCGCAACCCCAACAUUUCCAUGCUCCUAGGACGCAACCGCGAAGAGGGGUACAGGACUGGGAACAUGGAUGCUUUUUUGCCUAGCCAAGGCCUAGGUUUUCAGGCCAGAAGUCGCAAUCGCCUUCGAAAUGGCUGUGCCAACAGGCUUGGGGCUUGCAACAGAAUACCUUCUUCUAACCCAACCAGUGGGUCAGGAGGAGAAGUGGUCAUGUGGGCUCGAAAAAAUCCAGUUGUGCUCUUCUUCCGAGAGGAUCCACCAGACCCAGUUAUGACAGUCGGCAAACAGCAGAAAUCUGAAACCAGGGACAGUAGCAUUUAAGAAGGGUUGGGGUGGACAGCUCGUAAUAGCAAAUUUCCACCUCUUUCAUUGAAUGAUGUGGGAAUCCGGGGAGAAUCCUUUAUUUCAUAAAGCCAAACAUUUAAAAACUAAAAAGACAGAAGUGGAAGAGUUACCACUUCAUUAUCAAACAUAAAAUGUAAAAGAAUGUUCCCUUUCUUCAAAAGCAGCCAAGGGAAUGUGAAAUGCAAAAAAAUCAAAAACAAUCUUAAACCACUCAACCAAGGCAUACGUGCUAAAAAGCAACAAAAAAAUAAAAUUCACAGUUACUGAAGAUCUCAUGUUACAGGAAUCACACUGUGAGACAAAAAUCAUUGAACUGAACUUAACAGUUCAGUUGUUCUGAACUUGUAUUCAAAUGCUGUUUGUUUGUUUGUUUGUUUGUUUGCUUUUAAUGACCUAUGUCCCUUGGAUCUGUCUGAAGACCCCUGUACUUUCACCAGCAUUCAGCAAAACUUCAGGCUCCAGAGCCUGCAAGUCUGACCUGCUUUGGGGGCUUAGAGCAGAAAUGUCAUUAACCAGAUUGAUGCGCUCGCUCUCCUUCCCAGAAUUUUUGUGCAAGAUUUUAAAUUUGGAGUUUAUUUUAAACCACUUUUGGAUUUUGUAAAUGUCAUUUAUUACUAGAUAUAAUUCAGUGUUCCAAAGGGCAAAGUGAACAUACUGUGGUUGUUUAAACAGAAGACUAAUAUUAUAUAUAAAAACCAAUGUUUCUUCUAAGCCCAUUUUAACCUCCAAAUUAUCUGUCUUGGAAAACCCUGGCUGUGUCCUUCCUUUAAACUGUUCCUGUUUGAUAGCUUGUAUGAAUGCCGCUCCAAAUGUUUUAAUUAAAAAAAAAUAAUAAUUUUCAUACUAGAAAAGUAAUUCUCAAUGCUCACCAGAUAAGAUGCCUGGAGGAGACUCUCAGACCUGCUGAGCUUCCUGCAAGUCAUGGCUACAGCUUCUGUGUGUCAUCACCCAUGAUGGAGUGGGAUUUUGGCAAUGCAGCUGCUGGGAGGUGUCCAUAUUCUUAUAAGUAGCCCCAAUAAAUUCACUGACUCACCAAGUUUAAAAAAAAAAAAAAGUAAUUCUCUAUUGGGGUAACUUUUUUUUAUAGAGCCCAAGCUAUAAUUUGAAAUCAAAUUCUUUGAAUAUAGUGAGUGAUGCUAAAUAUGUAUGUAGGCAUAUAUAUUAUACACACAUAUUAUACAUUUAGUACCAGCUUUCCUAUUUAGCCUUUAACUGCCAAAUGUGAUUCCAAAUGGAAUUCUAAAAGUAGUUUGAAAAGUAUGAGCACAUUCUUGGAAUAGCCAUAGAACAUCCUAGGAGGACAUACAUUCGAUUUAGAAGUUUGGGUAUGUUUUAGUAGCAGAUUGCUGCUUUACAGGUAUGGCUUAUGUAGAAUAUUAUAGUCAUCAUUAGUAUGAUAAUUGGUUCGGGGUUACAAGGUGGAAUAAAAAUCCAUUGGCUCAAGGUUGGAGAGACACCUCAAGCCAACUGAAAAUAUUUUCAGAAACUUGCAAAAAAUUUUGUAGUAACUCAGAAGCACAAUCUAAGCUUUGUAUAUGUGAAAUUUCUCACACUGAAUGUCACCUUGGACUUCUUGCCAUCCCUGACUCGGCUUCUCUUUCAUCCAGUAUUCCAUAGCUUCAGCUGAAUAAGCACUUUAAAAAGUUUGAAAAUGCAUCUGUUAUGUGAAGAUUUCACUGUGAACUAGCCAGCAUUACAUAAAUGUAAAGCAUUUAAAGCAUUUAAGAUGUACAUUCUCAUGUGGGGUAGGUGAGGGUACAACAUUGUUUUGUAAUCAAAGAUGGAAAUACAUGAUUCUUGUCUUGACAAGCAAA